AUGAGCCUUCCUCAGCCAAACCACUCUGCCAGUGGUAGUGUCCACACCCUCGAUGAUGCGGAGAAGGGUUUAUGCGACAGCACGACAAAUUUGACCAUGGUACCUUCGCAACCAUCCGUAUACCUAUCACAUGAGAAGCAUGGAUCCAUUCAUGACUCCAGAUCUACAUUAUUACCCCUUACGCCCGUUCAUGAGGGCAUCACACCGAACCCCAGCCAACCAGAACUGUCGUUGGAAUUUCCCAAAGGGCGGAGACCAAGCGUUGCCGCAGAUUUGAAGACAGUCGUCCCCAAGGCAAAGCCUGUGCCACCCAAGGUUAGCAGAUGGGUCCUUGCUUGCCUUUGGUUCAACACCUACCGGAAGUUCUUCACAUUCGUCGUCUCAUUGAACUUGAUUGGAAUCGUCAUGGCUGCGACAGGUCACUUUUCCUAUGCAACAAGUCAUCUGGGUGCCUUGGUACUCGGUAACUUGCUCAUGGCCAUCAUGAUGCGGAAUGAGCUUUGGUUCCGGUUUUUGUACUUGGUCUCCAUAUACGGCCUUCGCAGUUGGGCGCCGAUUUGGAUGAAAUUGGCAGUCACGUCCGCUCUACAGCAUGCUGGCGGUAUCCAUUCGGGUUGUGCCUCAUCUGCGGCUGCAUGGCUGCUUUACAAAGUCGUUGACAUCCUCCGCUAUCACGCGAUUCAGCAUCCUUCUGUCAUCGCUACCGGAAUCAUCACUAAUGUCUUCAUCAUUAUUUCAAUCAUCAGCGCGCUGCCGUAUAUUCGCAACACACACCACAACAUGUUCGAGAGGUACCACCGUUUCAUCGGGUGGUUGGGUGUCGCAAUGACUUGGGUAUUCGUCAUCCUGGGCAAUCAAUAUGACAUCAAGACCGGCCAGUGGGACAACAGUGCCAACUCACUGCUCAGUGCCCAAGAACUAUGGUUCGCCGUGUUUAUUACAGUCUUCGUGCUCCUUCCAUGGGCCACUCUCCGUGAAGUUCCAGUCGAAGUUGAAAUCCCCUCACCCAAAGUGGCAGUCCUCAAAUUCAACCGCGGCAUGCAACAAGGCUUGAUAGGACGCGUCAGUCGCACAGCCGUCAUGGAAUACCACGCCUUUGGCAUCAUCAGCGAAGGGCGCAAAUCAGGCACACACUACAUGAUCUGCGGUGUCCAGGGCGAUUUCACAAAGAGCCUCGUCGACAACCCUCCUAAGACACUCUGGACCAGAGAACUCAAGUUCGCGGCCGUUGGUCACGCCUCUGCAAUGUAUAAGCGCGGCAUCCGUAUCUGCACCGGAACUGGUAUCGGCGCCGCCCUCUCGACCUGCAUCCAAAGCAAAGACUGGUUCCUCAUCUGGAUCGGGUCCGACCAGGAACGCACCUUUGGCCCUACCAUCUCCGGCCUCAUCCACAACAAUAUCGAGCCGGAACGCAUGAUCCUCUGGGACUCGAAGAAACGCGGGGGUCGCCCGGAUACCAUGGAGUUGCUCAAAGAUACGUGGACCCGGUUUGGUGCCGAAGUCAUCUUCAUCACGAGUAAUAAGCAGGGCAACGAUGAGAUGAUGCAAGGCUGUCAGGUCGCUGGUUUGCAUGCCUUUGGCACGUUGUGGGACUUCUAA